CUUUUCCCCUUCUCCUUAGCUGUGCCUGAGCCUGAAGCUCGGACCCGCCCCUUUCCCCCUGCCUUCCCGCCCCUGCAGCGUGACUGAACCGGCUAGCAGCUACCGCUAUCUCUCCGCCUUCUUUUUUUUCUGCCGGGAUCCAUUGCCACCUUAAAAUUGUCCGCUGUUGAGUUACGCGUAAAAAGGUUGUACAAUGGAAUCUCUGGAUAAAAGAAUCAAUAGCUAUCUGGAUAUUUGGCUUGGACCAAGAGAUCCCAGAGUAAAAGGAUGGUUUCUCCUGACUAACUACAUGCCUACCUUCAUCUUCUCUUUGUUAUACUUAUUUAUCGUAUGGUUAGGACCAAAGUACAUGCGGAACAGGCAGCCGUUUGCAUGCAGGGAUAUUCUAGUGGUCUAUAACCUUGGACUUACACUUCUCUCCCUCUAUAUGUUUUAUGAGCUGGUGACAGGAGUAUGGGAAGGCGGAUACAAUUUCUUCUGUCAGGAUACACACAGUGGAGGUGAAGCUGAUAUGAAGAUCAUACGUGUCCUUUGGUGGUACUACUUCUCAAAGCUCAUUGAAUUCAUGGAUACUUUCUUCUUUAUAUUACGGAAAAAUAACCACCAGAUCACUGUUCUUCAUGUGUAUCACCAUGCAACUAUGCUUAACAUAUGGUGGUUUGUUAUGAACUGGGUGCCUUGUGGCCACUCCUAUUUUGGUGCCACCCUUAACAGCUUUAUUCAUGUCCUCAUGUAUUCCUAUUAUGGCUUAUCUGCCAUACCAUCCAUGCGUCCAUAUCUCUGGUGGAAGAAGUAUAUCACUCAGGGACAGCUGACUCAAUUUGUCCUGACAAUCUUCCAGACAAGCUGUGGAGUUGUUUGGCCUUGUCCAUUUCCCCUGGGAUGGCUGUACUUCCAGAUAGGCUACAUGAUCUCCUUAAUUAUUCUUUUCACAAAUUUUUAUAUUCAGACUUACAACAAAAAGGCAGCCUCCAGAAGGAAAGAAUAUCAGAAUGGUUCCAUGGCUGCUGUGAACGGGUACACAAAUAGCUUUUCUUCCCUCGAGAACAAUAUGAAGCAAAGAAAACAAAGGAAGGAUUGAAGACCAAACUAUAAGAAGCCAUUUUGAUAUUCCAGGCAGCAACAGCAACAAAAAAAUCAUCUGAUUGUAAGCACAAUAUGUGUUGUGCACUGAUAUAACUCUUGACAGCUACUGUAACUAUUCCUGCCUAGAAUAGUGUUGAUUUAUGUAAGAUUUAACCAGUGCAAAACAUCCUAGAAACUAUCAAUAGGCUAAAGUUGAUGAUGUUGACAAUACUGGGUGGUCACAGACCUGAGUAUAAACUGUGGAAGGGAGUAUUAUUGUAGUAUGUGUGUGUAUAUCUAUAUAUAGAUACAUAGAUAUAUAUGACACUGCUGUUGCCUUACUAGUCAAUAUGAUAGGUGCUGAAUUAUGAUUCACAAUUUCAAAACUGUAAUCCAAACUCAUAUUUUUUAACUGUAGAUAAUGCAUGUGACUGUGAUUUGUACAACGUUUUUGUGGUUUUUCCCCCAGUAGUUUUAAACACACAUGCCUUAAAUUUAAAGUAAAAGCAGGGCCCAAAACUUAAUACUGGUUUGAAAAUAUAUGGAAAUAUUUAACUCUGGGAGCAACUUCUCAUGAGGCAGUUUAUACUCUGGUACAGAUAUCCAAAUACCAAACAGACAUCUAUAGUGUCAGUUUUGAAAUGCGCAUAUGCAUAUAAAUGGUGACUUUCCCCUUCAAAAAUGCUUGUGAAGUGACAACUUGGAAAAGACUGCUUGCAGAUGUUCAUGUGCACCCUUGAUCAAUGACGUGGCAUGCACGUAUCCUGUAUUUGAGGAUCUCAAGUACAAAAUGGACUGUUGAGAAGCCACCCCAGAGUAGUUUGGCUCCUUUCAUGAGUCAACUAGAUUCAAUAUGUAUGACGCAACGUUAGAAGCCUGCUCUUUGUUACACUGAAAUUGGGGUAAUUCUCCUACAUGUGACCUGUUUGAAGUGAAAGGGACACUGAAAAAGCAUGGGCAUUUAUUUCUGUUCAGACUUGUGCAGGAAAAAGACACUUGAUCGUGCUUGGCAUCUUGUUUCAUUAUCAUAGGUCUGCAGCAGUUUGGUGGUUUAGUUCAAUUUUCUUGACUAAGUUUUAAUUUCCAUAACUAACAGAGUUAAUUUGUGCUUAAGCAGCACCUAGAACUGAAUGCUGACAUUCUCUCUUUAAGCAUUAGAGAAUGUGUGGGGUGGGCAAGACAUUUUGCUUCCUUAAAAAUUGGCAUUCCCAGGUUGUAGCCUAUCUCUUUUAAAAUUUGCCAGUGAAGUGUGAGAUGAAUCAGCUGGAACUUCUCUUUCCUAUUCUUUUGACCACCGAACUGCAUAGAUGCCACAGCUGGUUCAUCCCCCACUUCAUUGAAAGUUUUUAAGAUAUAGAGUGAAUCCUUAGUUGCAUUCUGGCAAGCCAUCCUUUAACAUAUCUGGGAAAUAUAACAAAUUGUGAUGCGUUCACCAUCUGAAUUGUUUGACAAAACUAAGCUCACAGUUCUGGGGGUUUGACUUUUCAUACCUUAAUGUUUUUGUUGCUAUUUGUAUAGCAAACUUUGGGUUGGAUUCCAAGGUGUAUUUCUACUGGCAGAACAGGGCUUUUCCCCUCCCCCUGCACCCCCCAAAAGCUGAACCUGAGGUCAGAUGAUCCUGGAGAAUGAUCAGUGUGGGAUAUGGCUCAAGUUGCAUGCGUAUGUGGCUGCAGCUGAAGGGAAAUUGGGGGCUCCCUCAACACAAGCAUUAAACCCUCCAUUCAUACAAGCGGCCUUUGGAUCCAACCCAUCAACUUUAAAAAUGUGCCUAUAGCAAAGGUUUUUUUCUUUCAAAAUGUGCAAAUUGGGCCAUGCCAGAUUUUUAUUGUUGUCAUACAAAAAACCCUUGGAAAUACGUUGGUGAUGAAUGUCUAUUUCUUAGCGUGUUGUGUAUCUCCUCUGUACUUUCUUGGCCUGUUAAAAGUUUAUUUAGAAACUUGUAAAGCUUGUUAAAAUCUUCCCUGCACUUGCAGUGUCAGUAUGUAAAGAAGGCACCUCUAAUGGAUAUGCUAUGUAAUAUGGUGGAGUUUUAGCCUAUUAACAUGUUGUUCAUUGACAUUUAUUUGUGUCAAGCCAUACUAUUGCUUAUUUCCCCAAGUUUAUAUAUUAUGAUUUGAUAUUUAUAUAAACAUCAGUCUUGCCAUGUUUUUGCACAACUGAUGUCAGGGAGCUAAUAAGUUUUCCCUCAUAGCCUCGCAGAUUAUUAUUUUUUGCUUGUUUUUGAAAUGAGAGGCAGAACCAGUUUACGUUUGUCCCUUUUUAUGUUCUCUGUGUGUGUGUGUGUCCCCCUCCCCUCCCCCUCCCUCCUCCCUCCUCCCUCUCCCUCUCCCAGGAACUGAAUCGCAGUCUUUACAUAUUUCAUACAGCAGCUUCACCAUUCAAAAUAUGCCAUCUAAAUAUGUGUGCUUAAAAUUAAAAAACUAGCUUGUCUGAAAUAUCUGCAUUGUUAAUGUUUUGUGUUUUUAAUCAUUAAAUCAUUCUUGAUUACC